AUGACCAACAACAAUGAGGAUGAUGAGCACCUUGGAGGCAGGAGACAAGGAAAUUUGAGGCACGCAUCCAAUAACAUGAAAAUUCCUGGAAGAAGUCAAUCAACAGUUCUCAAUUCAAAUCCAUUUUCUAGUAGAAAAUACUCGAUGUGUACUUUAACACCCAAAGAUAUAUGUCGAAGCGUUGAUUCUAGGGUUUUCGUGGAUAUUGCAUCGCCCAAUUUUCAGACUCUCGAGGAUCCCCAUAAAGAUGAAAUAAUAAAUAGUGUACGGCUCAACUAUUUGAACAAUAAUAGCAAAAGGAAUUCUAUCAGCCUGCACGGGCAGGAAGAAAAAGCCAGAGCUGAUCGAACUAAGAAUUCUUCUGGAAGUUUCAGUACUAGAACUGCCGCGAACAUAGACAGCGAGGACGAUGAAACUAAUUUGAAUAGUGCUGGUGGUGACAUAACGCAUGAUAUUUACAAAAUGGUUAAAGCAGAAAAUCCUCAGCGGCUUAGACGCCUUCAUUCCAUGGAAGAUGUAAACUCCAAAAUUGAACAUCAUACCAAACUGUCAUCAGCAAGCGGACUAAAUGUUCCCGGUGGCUUUAGAAGAGAAUUUAUCGUUAACAAGAAAAGACAAGAACAUCAACUAAAURAUUCUGCUAGCUCUGAUUUCCAUUCGCAGGAAAGCGAUUCGAUUAAUCAGCCAUCUUCAUCUUCUAAGCAAGAUAUUGAUAAGGUCCCGUUUCUGACAAGAAACUUUUUGGAAUUUCUAUACGUAUUUGGACAUUUUGCUGGUGAAUCCUUUGAGGAUGACUUUAUCUCUGAUAGCUCGAACCUUUUAUUGCAGGGAGAAGAUGAACGAAGUGCAUUAUUAUCUCGGCCAGAUCAUAUGAAGGUCCUGCCCUCCGCCAAGGGUACAACUUCAACAAGAAAAGUGUUCCUGAUAUUGCUCAAAUCCUUUAUCGGAACAGGUGUCUUGUUUUUACCCAAUGCGUUUCAUAAUGGUGGUUUGUUUUUCUCAGUAAGUAUGCUCACAUUCUUUGGUAUUUAUUCAUACUGGUGUUAUUACAUAUUGGUACAAGCCAAGUCUUCGUGUGGUGUGUCCUCCUUUGGUGAUAUUGGUUUAAAGUUGUAUGGACCUUGGAUGAAAAUCAUAAUCCUGUUCUCCCUAGUGAUAACUCAAGUUGGGUUUUCUGGAGCGUAUAUGAUAUUUACUGCUAAAAAUUUACAGGCCUUCCUUGGAAACGUAUUUCAUGUGGGAGCACUUCCUUUGUCGUACUUGAUGGCAUUUCAAACAGUAAUUUUUAUCCCACUUUCAUUUAUCAGAAAUAUCUCGAAAUUAUCAUUACCAUCGUUGUUGGCGAAUUUUUUUAUUAUGGCUGGUUUGGUCAUUGUGAUUAUUUUCACUUCAAAAAGGUUGUUUUUCGAUUUAAAGGCGAUACCAGCAAUGGGGGUGGUAUACGGGUUAAACACAGAUCGUUGGACACUGUUUAUCGGAACUGCCAUCUUUGCUUUUGAAGGGAUCGGGCUGAUUAUUCCGGUUCAAGACUCGAUGAGGAAUCCUGAAAAAUUCCCUCUAGUACUUGGAUUGGUUAUUCUCACUGCCACAGUACUUUUCAUUUCCAUAGCUACCCUGGGGUAUUUAGCUUAUGGCUCGGAUGUCAAAACUGUUAUUCUUUUGAAUUUGCCUCAAAGUAACAUUUUUGUCAACUUGAUUCAAUUAUUCUAUUCCAUUGCGAUCAUGCUGUCUACACCUUUACAAUUAUUUCCAGCUAUUAAAAUCAUUGAAAACAAGUUUUUCCCAAAGUUUACUAAAAUAUAUGUCAAGCACGAUGACUUGACAACAAGAGUAGAAUUACGUCCCAACUCUGGGAAACUGAAUUGGAAGAUAAAAUGGUUAAAAAAUUUUAUACGAUCCAUCAUUGUCAUCAUCGUUGUAUCGAUUGCUUACUUUGGCUCUGACAAUUUAGAUAAAUUCGUUUCAGUCAUAGGGUCUCUUGCCUGUAUUCCAUUGGUAUAUAUAUACCCAUCGAUGUUGCAUUUACGGGGUAAUAGUCUUCCAGAGGCUAAAGGGAAUUUUUGGAAAUUCAAACCAAUUUUGGACACCAUUUUAAUUUUUUUCGGCAUAACAAGCAUGCUUUAUACUUCCUAUCAGAGUAUUUUUGGCGUUUAA